AUGUCAACCUAUAAAUUAUACUAUUUUAAUCUUCGUGCCCGUGGUGAAGUUAUACGUUUAAUAUUUAUUGCUGCUGAUCAAAAAUUUGAAGAUGUGCGUUAUGAUUAUUCGGAAUGGGAAAAUCAUAAAAAUGAAAUGUCAUUGGGACAAAUGCCAGUGCUCGAAGUUGAUGGUCAAAAAAUUCCACAAUCAUUGAGCAUUGCCCGUUUUAUUGCCAAACAACUUAAUUUAGCUGGUAACGAUAAUCUAGAACAAGCUAAAGUUGAUAGUGUUGUUGAUACAAUCGCUGACCUAAUGCAACAAUAUUUGACAAAGAUAUUUAUGGUAAAAGAAGAGAGUCAAAAGGACGAGGCUAAACAAAAAUUUUUGAAAGAAGAUGCAACAAAACAAUUGACGAAUUUAGAAAAUUUAUUAACAAAUUAUGGUCAAAAUGGGCCAUUUUUCUUAGGUAAUCAAUUGACAUGGGCCGAUUUAAUGUUUUUUGAGAAAGUUACAACAUUAUCACAAUUGGAUAAAAAUCUCUUAGAAAAAUAUCCAAAAUUAAAACGUUGUCAUGAAGAAGUUGGGCACAAUCCAAAAAUAGCCGCUUAUCUCAAAUCGCGUCCCAACGCAACACACCGUUCUAAUAUAAAAACAAAUGAACAUGAUAGCACUUUUAAUGUCUGA